UUUUCCGCUCGUCGCAUCUGUGCCUUACUUGUUUUCUUAAAACGUGAAUUCCGCACAGUACACCCCACCUGCUGGCGGUGGGACGCUCUUAGUGGACGGACUGGACGCCAGCGGGAGGUUCGGAGCGGGCCGCUCUCCCCCGCUGAGGCUGGCGCUAAUGCUAACGCUAACGCUAACGCGAAGGCGCACCGCUGUCUGACGGGCCGGGUCCAUCAAAGCACGGUCCGGUGUGGCGACAUGCCCAAGCGGCGGUGCGCGCGCUCGCGCAGGUGUGUCGCGAGGCGGAAGAGGCGGAGCAGCGACGCUUCCUCGCUUCUGCCCUCGCUCGUCACAGAACCGACGGCACUCAGCUCCGGCUCCAGUUGGAACAUGUUCCGGUACUUGGCAGGUAUGAAGGGGCGGCGGGCCGUCGCCGACUCACCCGUGCCGGCGGUUGUGGGGCGGCUGCGCGGCUACAGCCAGGCCGCGGACCGAGACGACGAUCCAAACUUCUUCACCAUGGUGGAGGGUUUCUUCGACCGAGGAGCCGCGAUCGUGGAGGACCAGCUGGUGGAGGACCUGAGGACCCGGGAGACGCCCGCGCAGAAGCGCGAGCGUGUGCGCGGGAUCCUGCGCAUCAUCAAGCCGUGUAACCACGUCCUCAGCGUCAGCUUCCCCAUCAAGAGAGACAGCGGCGAGUGGGAGGUGGUGGAGGGCUACCGAGCCCAGCACAGCCAGCACCGGACGCCCUGCAAGGGAGGGAUCCGGUACAGCACCGACGUGUCUGUGGACGAGGUCAAGGCUCUGGCGUCCCUCAUGACGUACAAGUGCGCUGUUGUCGAUGUCCCCUUUGGUGGUGCUAAAGCUGGAGUAAAGAUCAAUCCGAAGAAGUAUUCGGACAAUGAGCUGGAGAAGAUCACGCGGAGAUUCACCGUGGAGCUGGCGAAGAAAGGCUUCAUCGGACCGGGGAUCGACGUGCCAGCUCCCGACAUGAGCACCGGCGAGCGGGAGAUGUCCUGGAUCGCAGACACCUUUGCCACCACCAUGGGCCACUACGAUAUCAACGCCAGCGCCUGCGUCACCGGGAAGCCCAUCAGCCAGGGGGGCAUCCACGGUCGGAUCUCGGCCACCGGACGUGGCGUCUUCCAUGGGAUCGAGAACUUCAUCAACGAAGCGGCCUACAUGAGCCGGCUGGGUCUGAGCCCGGGCUUCCAGGACAAGACCUUUGUGAUCCAGGGAUUCGGUAACGUGGGUCUUCACACGAUGAGGUACCUCCAUCGGUUCGGAGCCAAGUGUGUGGGAGUCGGAGAGAUCGAUGGGAACAUUUGGAACGCCAACGGCAUCGACCCGAAACAGUUGGAAGAUUUCAAACUGGCCAACGGCACCAUUGUUGGCUUCCCGGACUCCACGCCUUACGAGGGGAACAUCCUGGAGGCCGAGUGCGACAUCGUGGUCCCUGCCGCCGGAGAGAAACAGCUGACUAAGAGCAACGCUGGGAAGAUCAAAGCCAAGAUUGUGGCAGAAGGUGCCAACGGGCCGACGACUCCUGAAGCCGACCGCAUCUUUCUAGAGAGGAACAUCAUGGUCAUCCCGGACAUGUACCUGAACGCCGGCGGCGUGACGGUGUCUUACUUCGAGUGGCUGAAGAACCUCAAUCACGUCAGCUACGGCCGACUCACUUUCAAGUACGAACGCGACUCCAACUACCACCUGCUGAUGUCGGUGCAGGAGAGUCUGGAGAGGAAGUUUGGGAAGCACCGUGGCUCCAUUCCUGUGGUCCCCACCUCGGAGUUCCAGGCCCGCAUCGCGGGGGCGUCGGAGAAAGACAUCGUCCACUCGGGGCUGGCCUUCACCAUGGAGCGGUCAGCCAGGCAAAUCAUGCGGACGGCCCACAAGUACCACCUGGGCCUGGACCUGCGCACGGCGGCCUACGUCAACGCCAUCGAGAAGGUCUUUCGGGUCUACAGCGAGGCGGGCCUCAUCUUCACGUAGAUGGAGAGGGAUGAGCUUCCCCGUUUGACCUUCUGUCUGACCUCUGCAGAAGUGUGCUUUAUUUCUUCCACCCUGUGGUGAUGCUGCUGACCUUUGACCCGCCGGGUCCAUCUGGAUUUCUUCUACCUGCUCAGCUUCUUGCUUGUGUGCCUUCACCUCUCUGACCUCUCUGGACACCAGCGCCUCCCCUCUCCCUCGCUGCUUCUGAUCUUCCGGCCGUGAGCUUGCUGUGGUUUACGCUGCUCUCGGGCGGCAGCUCAGGUCCUACUGCCGCCACCGCCUGUGUCUCACACAGGUCAAAGGUCACUGCAACACAGAUGCGACCAGCAGCGAGUGGUCGCAUCUGUGUUGGUCCUUCUCGUUUCCCACACUCGGACUCGGCUGACGUUGCACACGCGAUGUGGAGAAAUGCUUGACUGUCUCUUUAUUUUAAUGGAGUUCCUCUUUCUUUUUUAAUGGAGGCCAAGCAAUAAAGACUCUUUACCUUC